UCGCCAUCGCCACGACCAUGAUUCCCUCUUCCCUGUUCUCUCUCUCUCGCGCUCUUACUCUCUCGUUCUGUUUUGGAAUCGUAGAUUUCAAAUUGAAGGCGUUUCGUCGAGUAAGCUUUCGCUUGCAUUUGGAUCGAGAGGCACACCGUUGCUUCGGUGCGGGGCUUUUCAGAGUCGGUAGCUUAUCGCCUCCUGCGUCGGGCUCCGCGGCUGCUCGGGUAGACCGGGUUUUCGUUUGUGUGGGGCUCGCAGGAGGGAGUGUGAAGUGCUGGUCGAGUUCUGGUGAUUGUUUUUUACAAAUAAAUUUGGCGGUGUGAUUAGGUUGAGGUUGAGAGAUUUGGCGUGGUAGGGUUUGGGAGAUUGUUGGUGAUUAGGGUUGCGGAGGAGACAGGGGCGCACCAGGCGUUGUGCAGAAGAGACAGAAGAGAGUCUGAGGUUAAAAGGGAGUUAGGAUUUGGUGGUGAAGGUGGAACAUGGGGGCGGGGACGAGGGCGGCGUCGGUUGGUCAGGAAUUGUUUUUGUACGCCGUCAGCGCGGCCUUGAGUUGCUUGGUGUUGUUCGUCGGGCUGCGGCAUCUUGAUCCUAACCGAGCUCAAAUUAAGAAGGCGCAGGAACAGAAGAAGGAGAUCGCGAAGCGUCUUGGCCGGCCUCUAAUUCAGACCAAUUCUUAUGAGGACAUGAUAGCUUGUGAUGUUAUCAACCCAGAAGACAUCGAUGUCACUUUCAAUUCCAUUGGAGGGCUUGAGUAUGUUAAGCAAUCACUUCAUGAAUUAGUGAUAUUACCUUUGCAGCGGCCCGAUCUUUUCUCGCAUGGCAAGCUUCUACGCCCGCAGAAGGGUGUACUUUUAUUUGGCCCACCUGGUACCGGAAAAACUCUCCUGGCGAAGGCUAUUGCCAAGGAGUCUAGUGCUGUUUUUAUCAAUGUCCGCAUCGCAAAUUUGAUGAGCAAGUGGUUCGGUGAUGCUCAGAAGCUAGUCACAGCAGUUUUUACCCUAGCCUACAAACUGCAGCCCUCGAUCAUAUUUAUUGACGAGGUUGAUAGCUUUUUGGGACAGCGUCGUGUCACUGAGCAUGAGGCUCUUACAAACAUGAAGACGGAGUUUAUGGCCCUUUGGGACGGAUUUACCACAGAUCAGAAUGCGCGAGUGAUGGUUUUGGCUGCGACAAACAGGCCUUGGGAGCUUGAUGAAGCAAUUCUAAGACGACUUCCCAGAGCAUUCGAAGUCGGCAUGCCUGACAAAUCACAGCGCGCUAGCAUAUUGAAGGUUAUCCUCAAGGAUGAAAUAUGUGAAAAUUGUUUGGAUAUUGAUCAACUUGCAAGUCUAACUGAUGGCUACAGUGGGUCAGACUUGACUGAACUGUGUAAGCAAGCAGCUUACAUGCCCAUUCGUGAUCUAUUGGAUGAAGAAAGGGCGAACGGUGAUGGCCUCGUCGAAGUUAAGGGUCCUAGGCCUCUUAAGCAAUCUGAUUUCCUGAGCGUACUGUCAACUGCACGAACGUCGAAAACUGCUGCUUACGAGUAUCAGCACAAUCGUAGAAGUGCUGCGGGGGGAGCACAGACAAGGUCCUCGGGGGGAUCUUCUGAUGGGCGGGAAGAUACCUCAGUCACCGACUUGGUCAAGCUUUUGGCCGCCUUCGGUGCUGCUAGUAGUGCUGCUAACAAUCGGUAAGGUUGGGAAUGGUGCUUUGAAGAGACCGUUUGAAUGGCCCAAAGCAGAUGAAUCGUCACAGAUUUUUUAUCCAUGUUUUGGAUAAAUUCUACAAAAUUGAAAUGCUGUCACUUUGUAAGGUGCAGUGUUGGAUGCAUCGCAAUGUAUAUCCAAGCACCUCCACAGUGGAUAGGGGCAAAAGUCGCGACAGACUUCUGUAUUAGGGCCGUGUCAACGACUUCAAGAAUGUCUUGUCAUGGACACAUGGUCUGUUAAUAGUCAUCUAGUUAUUUUUGUAUUUACUAGAAUUUGAUUGAAAACAGUCUCUGGAGAAAGGUGGUAGGUCAAAACCACACAAAGUUUGGGCUAGCCUUUAACCUAUCACGAAAGCCAUUGGUUGAAUCUUUGGCCAUUGCAAAAGAUCUGUAUCUAGUUUUCAGUGCGGUGUCUUUGUAGAGUUUUUCUCUGCAUUUACAUACAUUUUUCUCUAGAGCUUCCAUUUUAUACCUGGCUUUUAGAAUUUACUCUGAGAAUAGAAUGUACGAUGGUUAAAAGGGAAUGGGGUGUACUGCCCCCGCUUUAUUUUGAUUGUUCACCCUAUUUCAGAAAUAGUCAA